AGACGAGACGAUGGGUCAGAAGGACAACACUCGCUUUAUCUGCUCUCAGUGUGGGAAGACAUUUAGUGAGCGGUGUAAUCUGAAAAGACACACGAGAAUACACACCGGAGGGAAACCUUUUACCUGCUCAGUGUGCGGCGCGGGGUUUGCGCGGAAAGACGAUUUGAAAAUACACACGAGGACGCACACCGGAGAGAAACCCUUUUCGUGUUCCAUCUGCGGCAAAAGCUUUUGUGUCCAGACCAACCUCGUAAGACACAUGAGGACUCACACCGGAGAAAAACCCUAUUCAUGUUCCGUCUGCAACGCCACUUUUUGCUUCCGGACAAACCUCGUAAGACACACGAGGACGCACACCGGAGAGAGACCGUAUGCUUGCUCAAGCUGCAGCAAGAGCUUUUGUGUCCAAUCGCACCUGGUGAGACACACGAGGACACACACUGGUGAGAAAGUGUUCAGCUGUGGUGUGUGUGACCAAAGGUUCUCUUAUAAAUACCAGCUGAACAAACACAAGUGUGUCGCUGACCCCAGCAGGAAGUGAAGAUCCUCUAUGACAGACCUGGGCAUUCGGCGGCCCGUGGGCCACAUCCGGCCCUUUGUGCGUCCCUGUCCGGCCCGCGGGAGGCCAAUCAUAAAUUACAAAAUACAUUUAAAAAAGUAUCUAUGUCGAGUGUGCAAUA